CCUCCACCUCCCGCCUUUCUUUAUUCUUAUCCUUAUUACUAUCUUCGAGUCCGUUCUCAUGGGCAUCAUAGCCAAAUUCACCUUGUUAGAAUACCACAGCUGACCUUCAUCCUGUAGCUGGAUAGCUCCGGGUUGCUUAUCUUCAAGUCCUCCUUUGACCUUCAUUCCUCGUAUACCGUAUUCUUCCUAUCCUUAAGGCAUCGCCGUAUACCCCCCUACCCCUCAUGGCUUCCAAUCGCGGGCGGCGCAUCGCCAAAGAAAUCGCCGAUAUCCAUGCAGAUACGCUGUCGCAUGUCACGGUGGAACCAGUUGGCGACGACGAGGACAUCACGCAUCUUCGAGGGUCAUUCCCUGGCCCCCCGGCCACUCCGUACGAGGGUGGCACUUAUUUUAUCGACAUCCGAAUCCCUACCGACUAUCCGUUCCGUCCGCCUAAGAUGAAGUUCGAGACCAAGGUCUGGCACCCGAACGUCAGCAGCCAAACGGGUGCUAUUUGCCUAGAUACCCUCUCGACGGCUUGGUCGCCGGUCCUCACGAUUAAAUCUGCGCUCUUGUCGCUACAGUCGUUGCUCAGCACACCGGAACCGAAGGAUCCCCAGGACGCGGAGGUUGCCAAAAUGCUCAUCCAGAAGCCCAAGGACUUUGAGCGCAAGGCCCAAGAGUGGGCUUGGCUCCAUGCGGGAGCUCCCAAGAGACCGGGAGGAGAAGGUAGCGGCGGCGCCACAGACGAGUCGCUCCGACUGCAGGAACUCAAGUUCAAGGAGGAGCAAGAAAAGCAAGAUCUGGCCAAGUAUGACGGGUACAACAAGGACUUGAUCGAUCGAUUCUGCAGUAUGGGCUUUGACGUGGACCGAGUCGUUUCGGCCUUCAAGUAUUUUGGCAUCGAUCGAAUGGACGGAGAGGAUUAUGAAUUGGAGGAAGCCUACAUGGGCGACGUCACUGCUCGGCUUUUGGGUGAGCCAUGAGUGACUUGCAUAUUGCAUCUUGGAAGAUACACUCCAUUGGCCGGGGUGUUGGAAGAAUCUAGGAUGGAAAUUCUUUGGAUUUUUUUACUUUCAUGAUUGCAUACUUCUUAUUGACCUACUCCUACCCCAGACCGUGAUUUUGGUUCUCACCAACCCAACCCUGUGUUUCUCAUUAUGCCUCCACUCCUCGUUUUUGAUUUUUUUUUUCUUAUUUUUUGGAUAUUCACUGGUAAUGUUGUAGCAACAUGAUAUGAGCGAUUUGAGCAUAGCAAUGAAUGAUGACCCAAUC